UACAACUGAAACUACCAGACACCAGACGGACCAAUCGUCAAAUGCUCCCUCUCUUCAUCAUCACCCGCUCUUCAUUAUCACCACCUUCUUCAUAUACUCUCACGAUCAACAAAUGUCCUCCAAAACCCUAACCCUAGAUUCCUCAACCCUCUUCCUCAACGCUCAGAACUCUCUCUCUCUUCAACCCCCCCUAACCCCUCCACCCUUCUCUUUCUCUCUCCUCUCCAACCACUCUCCUCUUCCCCCAAUCCCCCCCGAUUUCCCCCAAUCCAAACUCAUCCCCAAAACCCGCUUCAUCAUCGAUGGCUUCAAAUUCGCCGACAAUCACUCCGUCUCCUACUUCCUCUCUCACUUCCACUCCGACCAUUACACUGGCCUCACCCCCAAUUGGUCCAAAGGCGUCAUCUUUUGCUCCCACACCACUGCUCGCCUCCUCGUUCAGGUACUCAAAGUACCCUCAUUGUUUGUUGUUGAGUUGUCGUUAUCUGAAUCGGUUUUUAUUGAUGGGUGUGAAGUGAUGCUUAUUGAUGCGAAUCACUGUCCCGGUGCGGUUCAGUUUUUGUUUAAAAUUCCGGGUAUUGGCGGCAAGAUUGAGAGGUAUGUGCACACGGGUGAUUUUCGGUAUUGUGAUUCGAUGAAAUUAGAGCUGGGUUUGAGUGAAUUUGUUGGUUCUGAUGCUGUUUUUUUGGAUACCACUUAUUGUAAUCCGAAAUUUAUGUUUCCAUCGCAAGAAGAAUCAAUUGAGUAUAUAGUUAGUGUGAUAGAGAGAAUUGGGGUUGAAAAUGAGGGUUCUAUGAAGUCUGUUUUGUUUCUUGUGGCUACUUAUGUUAUUGGAAAGGAGAAGAUUUUACUUGAAAUUUCACGUAGGUGUAAUCGAAAGAUACAUGUGGAUGGUAGAAAAAUGGCUAUUUUGUGUGUUUUGGGAUUUGGAAAAGAUGAAGUGUUCACCGAGGAAGAAUCUAAAAGCGAUGUUCAUGUUGUUGGGUGGAAUGUGUUGGGUGAGACUUGGCCAUAUUUCCGACCCAAUUUUGUGAAGAUGAAAGAGAUUAUGGAUGAGAAAGGGUACUCUAAGGUUGUGGGUUUUGUUCCAACGGGGUGGACGUAUGAAGUAAAGCGUAACAAGUUUGCAGUAAGGACUAAGGAUGCAUUUGAGAUACAUCUUGUACCGUAUAGUGAACAUUCGAAUUAUGAUGAGCUCAGAGAGUAUGUGAGGUUUUUGAAACCAAAACGUGUCAUUCCAACAGUAGGUGUGGAUGUUGAGAAACUAGACAGCAAACAUGCCAAUUCUAUGCGGAAGCAUUUUGCUGGUUUGGUUGACGAAAUGGCCGUCAAACAAGAAUUCUUGAUGGGAUUUCAUGGUCGGCUUCAGGAAACAGAUGGCAAGGUUGAGAAGGAUACCGGUGCUGUCCAGAACAAGAUCCAAUCACCUGAACUUGAACCAAGUAAUGGAAUUGAUAAGAGGAUUGUAGUAGACUUGUCAUCUUCUUGUCAGGAACCUGGUACACAAGAUGUGGCUUUAUUGAGUGACAGUGAAAAAGGGGAAUUGAUUCAACAACUUCGGGACUGUUUGCCUGCUUGGGUCACUGAAAACCAGAUGCUUGAUCUGCUUAGUGGCUCAGGUGGAAAUAUUGUGGAAGCAGUUUCCAAUUUUUAUGAGCGUGAAACUGAGUUUCAUGAGCAGGUCGUUACUUUUGCUUCAUCUGCUAGUACAAUGCAGACCAACCCACUUAAUGAAUCUGCAUCACUUGCUAAACCAUGUUCUGUUAACAGCCCUCCUAGAAAUGCUAAUGUUUCUCUAGGUCAAAUCUUUAAAUCACCCAGCAUGAGGAAUGUAACUAAGAGCAGUCUUUCUCCUGGUAAAAAGAGGAGAAAUGUGGAUAAUAAGCCUAACAAGAAAGCAAGAAGAAAUUCAAGUCUGGAAUCUAGUAAUUCAAAGCAACUGCCUAACAAGAAAGCAAGAAGAAAUUCAAGUCUGGAAUCUCGUAAUUCAAAGCAACCCACUAUAACAAGUUUUUUCACUAAACUUGCACCUAAGGUUUCUCAUUGUGCUGACGGCGAAACUUUGUUGGAGGAAUGCCCAAACGAUGAAAAAAUGUUGCCAAGUGAUUCUACUGAGUUGUACAAAGAGGACGUAGACCAGUUUAUUCAGAUCAUAAAUGGGAGUGAAUCAUUGAGAACUUAUGUUGCCACUAUCCUAGAGGAGACAAGAGGGGACAUAAAUAUGGCACUGGAUAAAUAUUAUAGUAAUCCCGAGGGUAACCUUGGGGAGAACAAAAAUAGGUCGGUACACUGUAGAAGAUCUAUCCAGGCUGAACCCAGUAAUUUGAAAAGCUCUUCCGAUAAAGAGAAAAUGGUAUCAGAGGUAUUAGGAAACAUGACCAAUUUACCAGUGCCAGGGCUUUCACCAGAGAAUACUAAGACUCUUGUAUCGCUACCACCAGAAAAAUAUUCUCCUAUAGAGCAUGCAUGCUGGAGGCAUGGACAGCCUGCUCCGUAUAUACAUGUUGCACGAACUUUUGACCUGGUUGAGGAUGAAAAGAGCAAGAAAAAAGCUGCAUUAAUGCUGUGUAAUAUGUUUAGAAGCUUGCUGGCCUUGUCUCCAGAGGAUGUGCUGCCUGCUGUAUACUUGUGCACAAAUAAGAUUGCUCCUGACCAUGAAAAUAAGGAACUGAAUAUUGGUGGAAGUAUUGUUGUGGCAGCUUUGGAAGAGGCAUGCGGGACCAACAAAUCUAAAAUAAAGGAAUUGUAUGACAACUUAGGUGAUCUUGGUGAUGUUGCUCAACUUUGCCGACAAACACAGUCACUACUUGUCCCUCCACUGCCACUCUCAAUCCAAGGUGUAUUUUCCGUGCUUCGGAAGAUAAGUGAACAAACAGGUGGUGGAAGUACCGUUCGAAAGAAAAGCCUUAUUGUAAAUCUCAUGCGUUCUUGUAGAGAGAAGGAGAUGAAGUUUCUUGUCAGAACUUUGGUCAGGAAUUUACGGAUUGGAGCCAUGAUGAGAACUGUUCUACCUGCAUUAGCUCAAGCUGUUGUCAUGAAUUCAUCUCUUUAUGAAGGAACAGUUGAAAAUUUAAAGGAACGAAUUCAGUGCCUUUCAGUGGCCACGGUUGAAUCAUAUAACAUACUUCCCAAUUUGGAUUUGCUUGUUCCUUGUCUCUUGGACAAAGGCAUUGAAUUUUCUUCAGCAACUUUAUCGAUGGUUCCAGGCAUACCGAUCAAGCCCAUGCUUGCUAAAAUUACCAAUGGAAUUCCACAAGUGUUGAAAACAUUUCAGAAUAAAGCUUUUACAUGUGAAUAUAAAUAUGAUGGCCAGCGUGCCCAAAUUCACAAAUUGGCUGAUGGAUCUGUGCGUGUCUUUUCACGAAAUGGGGAUGAAACAACAUCAAGAUUUCCUGAUUUGGUGAAUAUAAUCAAGGAAUCAUGUAGUCCUGCAGCAACUUUCAUAGUGGAUGCAGAGGUAGUCGCUGUUGAUAGGAAGAAUGGCCGCAAGCUUUUGUCCUUCCAAGAACUAUCUUCCAGAGAGAGAGGCAGCAAAGAUUCCUUGAUUACGGUGGAUAGCAUAAAGGUUGACAUUUGUGUGUUUGUCUUUGAUAUCAUGUUCUCUAAUGGAGAGCAGUUAUUAAAUUCCCCCCUCCGCCAAAGACGAAAAUAUUUAAAAGAUUUGUUUGGUGAUGAGAAGUUGGGUUAUUUUGAAUACGCAAAGGAAACAACAGUAGAAGCAGACGAUGCUUGUUUGAGUAGUGAAUCCACACUAACGAAGAUGAAGUCUUUUCUUGACAAUGCAAUAUGUUCCUCGUGCGAAGGAAUAAUGGUCAAAUUUCUUGAUGUGGAUGCUGGUUAUUCUCCAUCAAAACGUUCUGAUUCUUGGUUAAAGGUCAAGAGAGAUUAUGUGGAAGGGCUUGGCGAUUCCCUUGAUCUGGUUCCAAUUGGUGCUUGGCAUGGGAAUGGUAGAAAAGCAGGAUGGUACAGUCCUUUCCUCAUGGCAUGCUAUGAGCCUGAUACUCAGGAAUUCCAAAGUGUAUGUCGUGUUAUGUCUGGUUUCUCAGAUUCUUUCUACAUAGAGAUGAAAGAGUUUUUCACCGCGGACAGAGUAUUAUCCAGGAAGCCUCUAUACUAUCAAACAGCGGAGGUGCCAGAUAUGUGGUUUUCUCCGGACCUUGUAUGGGAGAUUAGAGGUGCAGACUUCACAGUAUCGCCAGUUCACAAGGCUGCCGUUGGGUUAGUUCAUCCAUCCCGUGGUAUCUCUGUCAGAUUUCCUAGAUUUGUUCGCUCUGUUUCAGAUAGAAAGCCCGAGGAAUGUAGCACAGCUACAGAUAUAGCCGAAAUGUUUCAUUCUCAGACGCGAAAGAUGGAUGUGAGCGUUGAAGACUGAAAAUAAUAUUUUUUUUUUUCUUCUUUAUUUUGAAUAUAUAUAUAUAUGUCUUUUUGGUUUUUUUUUAGGUUCAUUUUAUAUGUACAGUGUAAACCCUAGCUCAUGGCAGUUAAUUUUGCUCUUUUUUGUCCCUCUUUUGUGACCUUGUUAACGCGCUUCAAGCUGUGAGACCUUUUAUUGUCGUAA